GCCACUGCCGGAAGGGAAAUUGAACACGCCCAUCUCACUAGGAUUGGUCAAAAUUGAAGAAGCUUCAGUGUUCAUGCCUUUUUUCCUUGCAUCCCAAGUAGAACCUAUAUAUAUACAAUCCUGUCGAUCAUUGAGAUAUAUACAUAUACAUAUACACACCAAAUGGCAGAUUUGUUUAUUGAGCAGGCAAAGCAAUAUUCAGAGAGAAGGCCCAGUUAUCCACAGGAAUUGUUCCUAUUCAUUGCAUCAAAAACUCCAUCUCACGAUCUCGUUUGGGAUGUUGGCACUGGAAGUGGCCAGGCUGCAGCAUCUUUAGCAAAGAUCUACAAGAAUGUGGUGGGCACAGACACAAGCCAAAAGCAACUUGAUUUUGCUGCCAAACUUCCAAAUGUGAGAUACCUUUGUACACCUCCCAAAAUGCCCAUUUCUGAGAUUGAACACACCAUUGCACUACAAUCCAGUGUUGAUUUAGUGACCAUUGCUCAAGCCAUGCACUGGUUUGAUCUUCCCACUUUCUACCAACAAGUGAAAUGGAUACUGAAGAAACCCAAUGGAGUAAUUGCUGCUUGGUGCUACACUGUACCAGAAGUCGACCCACAGAUCGACUCUGUGUUUGGAAGAUUUUACUCCGUCGACAGUGGUCCGUAUUGGGAACAAGAACGAGACUUAGUUGAUCUUAAAUACAGAACCAUUGAUUUUCCAUUUGAGCCAGUUGAUGGAGUCGAUCAUACUGGGCCAUUUGAAUUCAAGGCUGAGAAGUUAAUGGAUUUGGAUGGAUAUUUUACAUAUAUAAGAUCAUGGUCUGCCUACCAAACUGCCAAAGGAAAGGGUGUGGAGCUAUUGACUGAUGCUGUUUUAGAGGAUUUUAAGGUUGCUUGGAAUGCUGAUGGGAAAAGCCAAAAGAUUGUCACUUUUCCUGUUUAUUUGAGGAUUGGCAAAGUUGGGUUAUCAAGUUGAAAGACUGGUCAUCUUUCAUGAAUAAAAUUUGAAAGAGAACAGCGUCUUUGUAAUAAUCAGUUAACUUCGAUGAGUAUUUCAAUGCUCAAAUAAAAUAAGUUCCUAAACUUAGAAACAGGCGGACAUCUCAAUGCCAACCAGAUCUAUACCCAAUUGCAAUGGCAGUUAACAGAUUGUAAACAUCUGAAUUUAUCGAAGUGCUUCCUCUUCGUGCUAGUUUUGUUAUCCACUGAAUUUAUACUAAUAUAUACUCGACAGGCACCUUCUAUAUUUA